AUGCCUCUGGGAGGUAAAGGACCGGCGACAAUCGCCGUACUCUGCAUUGAGACAGUUGUCUCCGGACUUUGUGUUGGUGGCCGUUAUUUCAUACGACGAAUCCUCAAGAACAAUCCUGGCAGCGACGAUAUCAUUCUCUUGGCUUCGUGGGUCUUUAUGGUGGCGUUCGCAGUUUUGUUCACCAUUAGCUCCUUGUACGGAUUCGGUCAGCAUGUCGACGUUCUUGACCCGGAGGAUAUCAAGAUGGCGACCUUGAUCGAGCUUUGUGGCCAAUUCGUGGUGUCUCUGGCAAUGGGCCUCAGCAAGACAGGCGUUGCUUUGUUCUUGAUGCGCAUCAUUACCAACAAAUGGCAAAUUGCUGUUCUCUGGGGAUGGAUUGUGGUCAUGAUGGCUCUCAGUAUUCUGCUUGCCGUGUCGUGUUUUGCCCAAUGUUUUCCAGUUCAAGGUCUGUGGGAUGCAGAGGUCACGAUACAAGCGUGUCCUCUCAACUUGACCAAGAUUGCAUUCGUCAUGUGUUCAUUCUCGGCUGCCAUGGACUUUUUCCUCGCCCUCUGUCCAUAUUAUGCACUUAAAGAUUUGAACAUGAAACGGAAAGAAAAAUGGACCAUCAUUAUUUCCCUAUCUCUUGGCAUCUUUGCGGGAGCGUUUGGCAUUGUUCGAACAGCAGGACUGGGCGUACUCUCCGAGACUACAGAUUAUCUUUCCGAUUCCGUCAUGUAUACCUCGACAGAGCUGACACUAACGCUUGUCUGUGUCUCACUCCCAAUCUUCCGACCACUUGUACGACAACUUUCGAGUUACUACUCAUACAAUCGAAGUGAUACAAAAGAACGAUCCGGUAGCGGUUACAGAGGUUAUCAGAUCUCCAAGGAGCGGACGAGAUCUGUCAAGCUUGGUUCGAGGCCUCCUGAUUUGGAGCAAGGCUUGGACUCUCUGACCGCCGAAGGGCUGAGGAAAAGCAGCUGCAACAACGAUGACGAUAAUGGUCAUUACAAUAUCUGGAGAGAAGAUAGUAGCAGCGCGAAGAGCAUUCUUGAUAAGAGACAUGGAAUCGUCCGCAGGCAAGAAGUCACCAUCAGCUACGACCGCAAUGACCACACCUUUAGUAGCAUUAGGUAG